GCUUUAAUAAAGGAAAAUCUCAACUGGAAUCAAUACAGCAAAAGCAGCUGAUACAGAAACUAAGUUGUCUACGAUAGUUACAUUCCAAUUAUAAAAUGCUGUAAUUUGGAUCACAAACCAUCUUUCUAUAACUUGGAAUCAAACCACAAUCACUCUAAAUUUCAUUUUCCCAGUAUGUUCAGUUCUUGACAGCAAGCCAUUCUAUUGACUUGACAGCAAGCCUCCUUCCACCACCUCUGCUUCCUCUUCCUUGCUCAGGACUGGCUCUCAUGGAGGUGAAUAACUGCUCGGUGGUUGCUGAGUUCAUCCUGUUGGGAAUCCCACACACGGAGGGCCUGGAGACUAUGCUUUUUGUCUUAUUCUUGCCCUUCUAUGUCUGCACUCUGCUGGGAAAUUUAUCUAUCCUCGUGGCUGUCAUUUCUUCUACUCGUCUUCACACACCCAUGUAUUUCUUCCUGGGGAACUUGUCCGUGUUUGACAUGGGUUUCUCCUCUGUGACGUGUCCCAAAAUGCUGCUGUACUUUAUGGGACUGAGUCGACUCAUCUCCUACAAAGACUGUGUCUUCCAGCUCUUCUUCUUCCAUUUCCUUGGAAGCAUCGAGUGCUUUUUGUAUACUGUGAUGGCCUAUGACCGUUUUGCUGCCAUUUGUUAUCCUCUGCGGUACACAACCAUCAUGAACCCUAGAAUCUGUGUAGCCCUUGCUGUGGGCACGUGGCUGUUAGGGUGCAUCCAUUUCAGUGUCUUGACUUCUCUCACCUUCACAUUGCCCUACUGUGGCCCCAAUAAUGUGGAUCACUUCUUCUGUGAUAUCCCAGCACUCUUGCCCUUGGCCUCUGCUGACACAUCUAUGGCACAGAGGGUGAGUUUUACCAAUGUUGGCCUUGUAUCUCUUGUCUGCUUUCUCCUAAUCCUUGUGUCCUACCUUCGAAUCACAGUCGCUAUCUUGAGUAUUCACACAAUUGAGGGACGCCGCCAUGCCUUCUCUACCUGUAGUGCUCACCUCAUCGCCAUCCUGUGUGCCUAUGGGCCCAUCAUUACAGUCUACCUACAGCCCACACCCAACCCCACGCUGGGAACUGUGGUGCAAAUUCUGAUGAACCUGGUAGGACCAAUGCUAAACCCUUUGAUCUAUACCUUGAGGAAUAAGGAAGUAAAAGCAGUCCUAAAAACAAUAUUGCAUAGGAGAGGCCCUAUCUCCAAAAGUUAG